AUGAACACACGGUCCGAUGUUGUUGCUCAAUUCGGGCGUGAAGCGGGAGAUCCCGAAACCUUCUCUGCCCUGCAAAAUUUGAUGGAUCUCCAUGCUUUAACCAUCGAAGACCUUCACAUAAAAUGGGAACAGUUCUCAUACCAAAAGCGUGAAAAAAGCACAGAUCUCAGUUCAGAAAACUUGGAACAAUUCAAGCAGUAUCUUCAGCAGCAGGUGGAAAAGAAAGCGGCUCAGGCAUCCGCAGCUAUUUCGAACCCUUCGUCAGUCAGUAAGAAACCAAAACCUCUUAAACCAUUGCAGUCAAGUCCGUCACUAUUCGGUUUUAACAUUCCGAGGGGCUCUUCAUUGAAAAAGCGUAAGUUGAAUGCGGGAUCCAACUAUCAAGAUACAGAGGCUGGUUCAAAACUUGAAUUUUCACAAGGACCCUCUGAGGAUAAUAUCAAUAAGGAAAAUGAGUUAUCUCAUGGAAACGCAGAUACUUCGAUGAGUACACCACCAAAUUUGCGAAGUAUGGGAUCACCGGCUGUUAAUAGUACCUUCAAGUCAGGAGAGAUAAAGACAUCCUUGAAUCCAGAAGAAAUGGAGGUUGCUUGUGGUUUGCAGGAAGAUAGUGAGAAGAGAGUCAAUAUCACGCCGUUUUAUGAUCCUGAAAAGUACAAAUUCAGGACGAUGAGGCAAAACUUAUCUGAUGCCGCCGAUGUCCUCGACAUGCAAAUAGAGAUUAUAGCCGAAAUUGUUCAAAAUCAUUACAAGCUAAGCGCAAGUGAAUUUGGGGAUCCUACUAUACAGGCACAAAGUGAAAUUCAUGCGGUAGGAAGGAUCGUCCCUGAAUCGCCCUCGGAUGAAUCUGUUAAUACAGAAUCCCUAGCGCUAGAAACAUCCAGAAUGGCAGGGAUUGGGAGAAGAGUAAGAUUGAAUUUGACCGAUGUCAAUGAAGUCUCAUUGUUUUUGGGACAAAUAGUCGCCGUCAAAGGGAAAAACGCCGAUGGUGACUCUUUCAAGGCUACCGAAUUCCUACCACUUCCUUAUCCGGAAUCGCCAGUUUCCACAGCAGAUGAGAUUCAAACACAUCAAAAAGCACUCAACGGCGAUCCUCUAAAAGUUACAGUAAUCACCGGGCCUUUCACGUCUAAUGACUCCUUUGAUUUUAGUCAUCUAACAAAUUUCGUGGAAAGACUGAAUACUGAAAUUAAACCUCAUGCUUUGAUAAUGUUUGGGCCACUUAUUGAUGUAACGCAUCCAAUGAUAGCCGCCGGUACACUACCUCAUUUCCCACACCUGAAAUCUCAACCGCAAACCUUGGAUGACCUUUUUCUCAAGGUUAUGGCGCCAAUACUCAAGAACAUACGAUCAAAUAUACAAGUGAUAUUGAUACCGUCUACAAGAGACGCACUCUCAAAGCACGCGGCUUACCCCCAAGACUCGUUAGAUAGGAAGGCAUUACAGUUGCCAAAAAAUUUCAAAUGCUUUGCGAAUCCAGCUACUUUUCAACUGAAUGAAGUGUUCUUUGGAUGCUCCAAUGUAGACACUUUCAAAGACAUUAAAGAAAUGCCCAAGGGUGGCAAUACAUCUAUGCGAGACAGGUUCGAUAGAGUGUCAGAGCAUAUAUUACAGCAGCGACGUUAUUAUCCUGUGUUUCCUGGUGGUAUCACAAAAAAGCUUCUUCCAAAUACUGAGGGUGGUAACAAGGUAUACGAACACAUAUCUGGCGCCGACCUCGAUGUCCCAUAUUUAGGGUUGACAGAGUUUGUUGGUAAUUUUACUCCCGAUAUCAUCCUCAUCCCAAGUGAAAUGAACCAUUUUGCGAAAGUGGAGCAAAAUGUUAUAAUGAUAAAUCCUGGAAGAUUUGUGAAGCCCUGGGGCCAUCAAGGAACCUAUGCAGAUAUCUCAAUUUCUGCCCCUGACUUAGAUAAUGGUAAACUGACAAAGAUAGAAGGGCCUGAGCCUGUCUAUUUACAUAAUGUUUGGAAACGGGCUAGGGUGGAUAUAGCCAACAUUUGA